AUGAAAGGAGCUCCAAAGGGACCUGGAAAGUUCUUAAGGUUCUUGGAGACUUGCUUUCUUAAUUUGCCUACUAUGGUGGAAAAGAAUCCCUGUUUGCUAGUUUUCAGCUUAGCAACAAGGUCUGAAUUUCCAUGGAAUGAUGAUGUCAUUUUAUCUAUGUAUCGCCAAGGGCUGAAUUUGCAAAUUUCUUCUGGUUUAGCUACUUGUAGGUUUUAUACAAUGGCUGAUGCGGUUCAAGUUGCUGCUCAGAUUGAGAAGAAGCUAAAAAGAAGACUUCUAUGA